CUUAACAAGACAAUUUGAGCUGAGCUGAGAGGGUGAGACUCUACUCAGCAUCUGCCAAGUGCCAAUGGAUCAACCAUAUCCGAUCCCCAACCUUUGCUAAGAAGAGACGUGCAAGGAUCUCCCAUUCCAGACAAUACAUAUCACUACAGUUUAGUGUUACCUUAAAACCUCAUCAACACAUCAUUUUUCUCUCAUGUCUACUUGUUCUUUGUCAUCAUCAGAAACAAACCAUGAAGAUUGGAAUUGUUGGGUUUGGCCCUUUCGCCCAGUUCCUGGCAAAAACCAUGAUCAAACAAGGCCAUUCCAUAACAGCAUCUUCGAGAUCAGAUUACUCAGAAGUCUGCAAACAUCUCGGAAUAGCAUCAUUCUACAGGGAUAUGGCUGCGCUUUUCGAAUCAGACAAUGAUGCUAUACUUAUAUGCACAUCAAUCCUGUCGCUAAAACAAGUUGUCAAGUCUAUGCCAUUUCAUUGCCUGAGACGGCAAACACUCUUUGUCGACGUACUGUCAGUAAAAGAACACCCCAGAGAUAUCCUUCUGCAGGUGUUGCCCGAGGACUCGGACUUGCUCUGCACUCACCCGAUGUUUGGACCAGAAAGCGGGAGAGAUGGGUGGAAAGACUUGGCUUUUAUGUAUGACAGAGUCCGGAUUAGAGAUGAAGCGUUAUGCUCUAGUUUCCUGCAAAUCUUUUCCAGUGAGGGCUGCAGAAUGCUGGAAAUGACCUGCGAGGAGCAUGAUAAACAGGCUGCAAGAAGUCAAUUUAUCACGCAUACAAUUGGAAGGAUCUUAUCAGAGAUGGAGGUUGAAUCCACACCAAUAGACACAAGAGGAUUUCAGAAGCUCGUUCAAGUGAAGGAGACCACUUCAAAACACAGUUUCGAUCUAUUCAGUGGGUUAUUCAUUCACAAUAGGUUUGCCAGGCAGCAGAUGGAGAGUUUAGAACUAGCCUUUGAGAAAACCAAACAGAAGCUGCAGGAGAGGUUAAAGGAGGAGCAGGAUAUAAGCAUGAUUAACCAUCAUUGACUCAUAGCAUAUUUCAAUGUUUAUCUUUGUCUAGUGUACCAAAGCAAUUUUAGCACUGGUUUAGAGACAGUUCUUAUAUGAAUAUGUUGUUGGUUGCUGGUCCCCGUACCUACAUAAGGCCAGGUGUAUUAUAUAGCAGGCUUCAACCAAUAUAGUUUAUACAAACGGAGGUGACAGUUCUCAAA